CCCGACGGAUCACCGAGACGGUGCAACGCGUUCCGCCGGCUCCGUCCGCUGCUCGGCCAAGUCGCUCGCCACGUGACCGCCAGCGUCGGUCCGUAGCUGUCCGUGUGGGUGGGAAACGCGCCGACCGGGACUCCUCGAGACUCUGAGAGGCUCUUCGUCGGGAGGCCUGUUUACGAUCACGAGUCCCACUGUUCGCUCGGAAAUUUCGUGUCUCGAGGGGAGACAGAGACGCGUUAGACGUGACUAUGACAGGACAAGGCGGAAGGACUGUCGCUCGCUGCUCGAGAUCGUCCGUGAGGUCCUGAAGUGCGUCCCGAAGGAGCUCGUAAUUGGCGUCCACGCGGCUAACUCCGCGCUAGGCUGGACACGUGAGCCCCGCGGGAUUGGUGUACCUAUGCUCGAGGUCGUCGUGUAUGGUGCUGAAAGGUGGUGAACGUGUUGCCUAAGGCCGUUAAGGGCGGUUCGUGAUGUUUAGCUGCCGUAGGAGAGUUUAGGUGUACGGAUUACCGGGGAUAGAGUACGUCCUGAUAAGGCAUGCUAUGCGUCAGAGCACCGGAAACGGAGGAACGCGCAGAAGAUGACGGGGUUAAGUAGAUAAAGGGAGCAGCCUGCGAGCCGCCAUCGAGACGGACGAUUCUCUCGGCUCUCUCUUUCUCACCGCAGCGCACAAUGCUCUGCCAUCGCGCCCUUGUCGUUCUCUUCGCUGUCAACGUGCCAAUCGUGACGGGGCUAGAGCCAGACUUCGUUUACCCGCUGGAGAACGUAACGAUCCCUCAGGGUCGAGACGCUACCUUCACCUGCGUGGUGAACAACCUCGGUGGAUACCGGGUGGCGUGGAUCAAGGCGGACACCAAGGCGAUCCUGGCGAUUCACGAGCACGUGAUCACGAACAACGCCCGCCUGUCGGUAACCCACAGCGACUACAACACGUGGACGCUGCACAUCCGCGGAGCCCGGCGGGAGGAUCGCGGGAUUUACAUGUGCCAGGUCAACACGGAUCCCAUGAAGAGCCAGAGCGCGUUUUUGGAGGUGGUAAUACCGCCAGACAUCAUCUCGGAGGAGACCACCAACGACCUGAUGGUUCCCGAGGGAGGGGCCGCGAAGCUGGUGUGCAAAGCGCGCGGUUAUCCCAAGCCCGACAUCAUGUGGAGGCGGGAAGACGGCACCGAAAUCAUUUCGCGCGCCGGCCACUCCGGUAGCAAGACAAAACUAUCCACCGCAGAGGGCGAAACGCUGACUUUGUCGAAAGUAACGAGGGGCGAGAUGGGCGCCUACCUGUGCAUCGCCAGUAACGGAGUGCCUCCGACAGUCAGCAAACGAAUGAUGCUGCACGUGCACUGUGAGUACAUCAACCAUCCUCGCGCCGCUCCGAUUCCACGAGUGUGA